AUGUCCAGCAGAUGUCCUUCCCACGAAUCCCAAGCUCUGCUCCGCUUCAAAGCUGCCUUGAAUGACUCCCACGGCUAUCUGAGUUCGUGGGUGAAUGGAACAGACUGUUGCAGACUGUGGGAAGGCAUAUCCUGCGACAAUCACACCAACCAUGUUGUCUUUCCUAUAGAGCUUGAAUUUCUAAGCUAUUUGGGUUCAUUGAAUUUAUCAAACAACAAUCUUUCAGGAAGUAUACCACAAGGACGACAUAUGACUGGCACAUUUGGAGAAUCCUCUUAUUCAGGGAAUCCUAGUCUAUGGGGGUGUCCACUACCCAAAAAUUCUUCUUGGCCACAAUUUGUUCCUCCUCCUCCUCUAGUUUCAAUUAAUAAAAGAAAUAAAAACACUAAAUAUCCAUGGUAUGAGAUAGCACUAGGAUUGUCAUAUGGAGUAUCUUUUGGAGGGAUAAUAUCAAUUAUCCUAAUAAAAAUGAGUUGGAGAAGGAAGUACUUCAAUAAAGUUGAUACAAUCCUAAAGCUUUUAUUUCCAUGGAUGAAGAAUCUGACACUAUGA